GUACGGGGUGUACACGAUGCUGCCGGCGCAGCAACUAGCGCCGAUAAGUCCGUGGCCACCCGACGCGAUGCUGGACCGCAUGGACGACCUGGCGCACAAAGGGCACAGCGGUGUUAACCAGCUCGGCGGCGUGUUUGUAGGAGGCAGACCAUUGCCCGACUCCACGAGGCAGAAGAUCGUGGAGCUCGCACACUCGGGAGCAAGGCCUUGCGACAUUAGCCGCAUCCUGCAGGUCUCAAAUGGCUGCGUGUCGAAGAUACUUGGCAGGUAUUAUGAAACGGGUUCGAUCCGACCUCGGGCAAUCGGCGGGUCAAAGCCGCGAGUGGCCACCGCGGAGGUGGUGAGCAAGAUUGCCCAAUACAAGCGAGAGUGUCCAUCUAUCUUCGCGUGGGAGAUCAGAGAUCGUCUUCUGAGUGAAGGAGUCUGCACAUCGGAUAACAUUCCUAGCGUGUCAUCAAUUAACCGGGUACUUCGCAACCUCGCAGCCCAGAAAGAAAAAUCUAACAAUCAGCAAAAUAACGACUGUUCGACUCCUGUUUACGAACGGCUACGGCUGCUAGGUACGCCAGGAUCGGCUCCGGCUUGGCCGAGGAGCCCCUGGCCCUCGCAGAUCGAUACUAGAACGCCGCCAUAUCAAUUGCAUAGUCUGAGUCCUGGACCUCAGGCUAUGUGUAAUGGAACAGAGUUGCCAGUAUUAAAAAAAGGGGAAGAUCAAAUAGAAGGCUUAGAAGGUCUCCACUCAGAUGAGACGGGCUCCGGUGACAAUUCGAACGCGGGUUCCAGUGGAGCUGAUGAAGACGCUGCCAGGCUGCGUCUGAAACGAAAGCUUCAGCGCAAUCGCACUAGCUUUACCAACGAGCAAAUAGAUAGUCUUGAAAGAGAAUUUGAACGAACUCAUUAUCCAGAUGUGUUCGCGAGAGAACGGCUCGCGGCUAAGAUAGGACUUCCAGAAGCUAGGAUACAGGUGUGGUUCUCGAAUCGACGCGCGAAGUGGCGUCGCGAGGAGAAGAUUCGCAGCCAACGUCGCAGCCCCGACUGCUUCACGAGCGCGCAGCCCGCCCACGCGCCACUGGCACACCCGCACGCGCACGCACACCCGCACGCGCACGCGCACGCCGCGCCCGCGCUCCCCGCGCCGCCCGCCCCGCACGCGCCGCACGCGCAGCACGCUCAGCAUGCGCCUUACCAGUCGCCGCUCAACGUCGACACUUACAGUCCCCUCACUCCCAUGGGCUACAGCACAAGUGGUAUGGUUGGAGACACACCUGUUUGUGAGAGUGGCGAGUCCGAUCUAUGCAAAAGCGGUUUCCUGGGUUAUCCUCGGUACGAGUUACCAUACCGACAGCCAAACCCGUAUGUCAACCACAGCUAUCAUCAUGAACCAUCAUCGCCUCCUCCAGAAUUAGGCGGUCUACUUGGUGCAGGCGUAUCUGUUCCAUUAGCUGUACCGGGACAGGACUCUCAGCAGUACUGGUCACGUCUCCAGUGACCCUGGUGGAGCUAGGCACUAUACAUAAUACCCAAGGCACAUCAAAUACACCUUAAAC